AUGGGCUGCAAGAACAACCGUGGACAAGCCAAGCUUGUACCAAUGUCUGUCAAGAUCGCACAGGAGCAGAACAACAAGAAGGAAGAACUUGCUGCAAAGAUGGCAGCUGCAGACAAGAAGUGGUAUGAGCAGAGAGAUGCCUGGAACAAGCUACAGUUGGAGAAGAAGAAUGCCUGGAAGAAGCUGCAGUGGGAGAAGAAGGCUGCUGAAGAAAAGAAAUUAGCCGACAAGAAGAUUACUGAGGAGAACGCCAAGAAGGUGGCUGCGACCAUCCAGUUUGAAUGCAUCCAAAAGCAUUACGCCUUGGUUCUCAAGCAGAACGGAGAUGAUAAGCAACUUUUUAUCGAUCUUAACUUUAUCGCCGACCCUCCCACCGAUAUGUUGGCUUUGAUGAAAGUUUUGCCUGAGUACUCUGCGGCCAUCACUAAGGUCCAAGUCAAGUUGAUUCAGCCUAUGCAACAUGGCUCAAGAGCAAUCUAUAAUCAACGUGUUCAGAAUAUGAACAAGUUGAUUGAACAGCUCAACACUUUCCCACUCACCGAGCUUAAUGUUCUUGUCGAUGUCAACAGUCAUGAGAACUUCCAUCAGUUCAAGCUGGCUGCAGCAUUUAACGGACUCAAUUUUGAAGAUUGGACCAUGGAUUUCCAGAUCAUGGCCGGCCCUAAUCGCUAUUCUAUCGAUCCGUACAGUUCCUACGGAAAGCGUCUUCGUGGUGUCUACCGCACUGAGUUUUGCAAUCAAUAG